AUGGUACGCUUGGCUGUAAUCGAAGAACUUGAACUACCAGCGCGUUUGGUGCAAAAAAAUAUUAGUAAAAAUGGCACUAAACGAUCACGUAGUCAUCCUAUACAUUCACCAAUUCAUAUCGAUAGUGAUGAUGAAAGUGAUGGCGAUGGAUUGGGACGUGCAUUAUCACAUGUGUCUCGAAUGAGUGCUUAUGCACUUUUCAAUCAGCUUCACGCUUCAGAAACAUCUUCAUCUAAUGAUCGAAGCAUACGUAGUUCUGUGCAUAGUGCAUCUUCAUCAGUAACUAAUUCAAGCACAAUUUCAAGUACCGAUGAACAGUGUAUAUUAUCAGCAGAAGCAGUUUGGGAUCAUGUAGCAAUACUACCUGACGAAUUACCAUUUGCGAUUGGUGAUACCAUUUUGGUACUUGAUUAUUCAUCACAUACUGAACUUUGGUAUGGAAGUUGUCGAGAAAGAGUUGGAUGGUUUCCAUCUUCUUAUGUUAGGGCAAAUAUUUCAUUGAUCAGAAUUAGAUCAAACAAACAAUUACUUCAGGUAUUAAGUGGGUCUCCAUCAACUUCAGAUGCUAUCUCCUUCAGUUAUUUUCCACAAACGAUGCGAUUCUUACGAGCAAAAAUAGUACAAGAAUUGAUGCAAACUGAACGUGAUUACGUUAACUUGUUACAAAAUAUUGUUCAAGGCUUUGUUGAGCAGUGCUGUCGACGUAAAGAUCUUUUUUCGCCUGCUCGUGUCAAGCGUCUUUUUGGUAACAUUGAAUCUAUUUACACAUUGCACCGCAAAUUCCUCCGAGAACUCGAAUUAGUAUAUAAGCUAAACGCUCCCGAAAGUUCGCUUAUUGGCGCUAUUUUUUUGCGAAAUGUGAGCUUUGCUGGGCAUUUUGUUAGCUGUAUGUUGGAAAAAUAUAUAUUGAAUAUUGAGAAACAGAAAAAGUUUUCAAUAUAUUCGGAUUAUUGUAAUAAUCGACCUGUUUCAAGUGCUGAACUCGCAUCGCUUAACGAACAUUCACAUUAUUAUCAGUUUUUUGAGGCAUGUCGAUUACUUCGAGGAAUGCCUAAGUUACCUUUAGAAGGGUUUUUAUUAGCACCUGUUCAGAGGAUAUGUCGUUAUCCGUUGCAGCUUUCUGAGUUACUGAAAGCAACACCAUCAUCACAUAUGGAUAGAGAACCAGUACAGGCAGCCGUAUCCGCGAUGAAAAAUGUGGCUGCUCUGAUAAACGAGAAGAAACGCAGGCUUGAAGGUUUGCAACAGAUUGCUUUGUGGCAAAUGAAUGUUGAAGGGUGGAAGGGUCCAGAUUUACUAGAAAGUAAUAGUCGAAUGGUACAUAGUGGGGAAGUGUACUGUCGCGUGAUAGUUGACCGUAGUAUUAUCUGGAGCAAGGAUGUUUUGUUAUUUUUAUUUGAUCAAUCGUUAGUGAUAUGUAAAAAGGAUCUCAUUAAACGUAAUUUUUAUAUAUUUCGUGAUCGAAUCUCUUUCGACUAUGUUACAUUUCUGAAUUGCGAUGAUGGCAAAGAUUUGGCAACUGGGAUAAAUUUAAAAAAUUCCUGGAAACUAGUAAUGAUUGGUAAAGAAAUGAUAUUCACUUGUAAAGAUCGCAAUUUGAAAGAUGCUUGGGUUGAACAUUUACAGCGACCGCUAAAUUAUUCACCACCAACUACUGAAGAAAAACGAUUAGUUCACGAAAUGAUUUGUCGAAACUCUAGUAUGAAUUUAAUUUAUGAUCUGCAUAAAUUACUGUUUAUCGGAGUUAUCACAAAAUUAGAUUAA